GAAAAAAGGGGCAAAUGCCAACUCGCCCACCGACUCCAAAACAAAAACCCAAAAAAGGUGACGAGAAUGAAUGAGUAGCUAUUUCUCUCACUCCACUCCCAAAUCUCCUGAAACUCGCUUCCCUUCCGCUUAGAGAGUGGGGAGCAGUUGCAAGCUGCAACAAUGGUUUUGGGACAUAGUGCCAACAAGUCGCGGGGAAGCCCAUCACUCCAACUUGAUUACCUAAUCAACAUUCUUGAAAUAAAGCCUUGGCCUCCCUCUCAAGCAUUAAGUUCGCUUAAAUCUGUUGUCAUCCAAUGGGAGCACGGGGAGAAGAACUCGGGUUUGACUAGUCAAGUUGCCCCGGUUCUUGACCCUGAUUCCAGCAUUGGCAGUGGAAGGAUAGAAUUCAACGAGUCGUUUAGGGUCCCUGUCACACUAAUAAAGGAGAUUUCGGUUAAAUCUGGUGGGAAUUCGGAUAAUUUCCAGAAAAACUGCAUUGAGUUCAAUCUCUAUGAGCCGCGGAGGGAUCUGGCUGCAAAGGGUCAGCUGCUGGGAACUGCUGUUGUAGAUUUUGCCAGCUAUGGGAUUGUUAAGGACAGUUUGAGUGUGAGCGUUCCGAUCAGCUGCAAGAGGGCUUACAGGAACACUGUGCAGCCUCUUCUGUUCUUGAAAAUCAAGACAGCUGGGAAGAAGAGUGGCGGGAAAUCAGUGAUGAGAAGCUGGAGGAGAGAAUCGUCAAUGGACAGUAGUGUUGGUGACUCUGUUUCUUCAUUGAUGAAUGAAGAGUACGCCGAGGAAGCUGAGACAAUGGCUUCGUUUACAGACGAUGAUGUUUCUUCGCACUCAUCAUCGGUUAUCUCUUCGGGUGUUGAGUCAAAGUUCAGUUCAUCAGCAGCUCACAAAGAGAAUGGAUCCGAGGGAGGGAAAAGUGGACCUGCAGAAGCUGAACAUGACCACAAUUUAAGUUCAGAGCACACGGUUAAAAAUUUAGCCAAGAAUCUAGCAGCUGAACCAAUAUCAACCACAAACGGAAGUUCUGCAGAUUUGUGUUCUGAUAUUGACUGGAUAUCAAGGAAACUCACUACCCGCAGUACUAUCCAAUCAACAUUGCUAGAAAACACACAAGACCUAGUAGUAGAAAGAGGCAAGAACCCAGAAACCGGAGAUGGUGCAGAAGCAAGGGCAGAGAAAGGGCAACACUCAGAUGCAAAUGCUAGUGGCAGAAAAAGCUUUGAAGCAGAGAGUACUGAGAGAUCAAACCAUGUGGACUCUCACUCCUUGGGGAAAUUGCAUAAUAACAAUGGAUCUGUCAGAAGUGAUCAGUUUAUCUUGGAAAGGAAAUGUGAAGUGUUGGAGAAGAAGAUAGAAAUGCUUGAAGGGGAACUGAGAGAAGCUGCUGGCAUUGAGAUUGGUCUGUUCUCUGUGGUGGCUGAACAUGGAAGCUCUACGAAUAAGGUCCACGCCCCGGCUCGGCGCCUCUCUAGGCUUUAUUUUCAUGCGUGUAAGGAAAAAUGCGUGUUAAGGAGACAAAGUGCAGCUAGAAGUGUUGUUUCUGGAUUAAUGUUGGUUGCAAAAGCCUGUGGAAAUGAUGUUCCCAGGUUGACUUUUUGGCUGUCAAAUUGUAUUCUGCUGAGAGCAGCUAUUUGCAGUUUCUGUAAAAAGCAGAAAUUAGCAUUUCCUCCUGAGUGUACUAGAGAUGCUGCGAUAAGGAGGGCGUCUCCACUCAAGUGGCAAUCCUUGCCCAACAAUAAUAAUGGAAAUGAUCUUCCCGGGACAUUUGAAGACGGGGAGAACCCUUUUGCCCUUGUAAAAGCACUUGAAAAGGUUGAAUCUUGGAUAGUUUCUCGGACCAUUGAAUCUCUUUGGUGGCAGACUUUCACUCCAUACAUGCAGCCUGAUGCUACCACAAAGUCAGGCGGCAAAAGACCCGAAAAUGUUUCUUUGGAACUUUGGAAGAAGGCCUUUAGGGAUGGCUAUGAAAGGAUCUGUCCUCUUCGCGCCGGAGGGCACGAGUGUGGAUGCCUUCAUCUACUCUCUAAACUGAUAAUGCAGCAAUGUGUGGGUAGAUUGGAUGUGGCUAUGUUCAAUGCCAUCCUUCGGGAGCCGGGGGAUGACAUCCCAACCGAUCCGGUUUCAGACCCCAUCAGCCAUAUGGAGGUUCUUCCCAUUCCCCCUGGAAAAGCAAGUUUUUCAGCUGGUGCCCAACUCAAAAAUGUGAUCGGGAACUGGUCGAGAUGGCUAGAUGAUCUUUUUGGUAUUGACGGAGACGACGAAGACGAAGAUGAGGUUAGUGAAAAGAAUGCAGAUGAUAACAAUGAAGAUGAGAGAGGAAGAAAAGAGAAAUGCUCAAAAAAGCCUUUCUAUCUUCUUAAUGCAUUGAGUGACCUAAUGAUGCUUCCCAAGGACAUGCUACUCAGCAGCACAACAAGAAAAGAGGUAUGCCCCACAUUUAGCGCCUCGCUGAUACGAAGGGUUCUCAAUGUCUUCAUCCCGGACGAGUUCUGCCCGGACCCCAUGCCUGACGGCGUCCUAGAAUCCCUCGAUUCAGACGGUCGGUUUGAAGAGGGCGUGACAAGCUUCCCGUGCACGGCACCUCCCGUUGCUUACGUGCCACCCUCGACGGCCGCACUUGACGGCAUCAUCGGCGACAGCAGCAGCAACAACCGUUUUCAGCUGACGAGGAGCGGAUCUUCGGUGCUCAAGAAAUCUUACACGAGCGACGAUGAACUCGAUGAGUUGGACGCGCCUCUGAAUUUCUUCGUCCGCGAAUUUGAUGGCGGUGAGAUGGCGGCGGCGCCGCCGCCCUCAGGAGGAGGAAGUGGGAAUGGUGUUAGGUAUCAACUCCUGAGGCAUGUCUGGUUGAGGAGUGAGUGAUAGUUACACUUUUACUAAGCACUAAGAUUCUCGUGACAUUGAAAACCAAUAUCAUGGAAUGACUUGGAGGCGCUCCGGUGCCCAGUUCGUAAAAUUGAGGAUUUCUACUCCUCCUAACUCCCCGGUAAACCCUCUCACCUCGCCCCGACCCGAACACACCCCUCCACUCCCUUCAAUUGUACCCCACAAGUUGAUUUUAACUUUAGAAUCAAAUUUUGACUCCAAA